AUGUCCUUACCACUCGACAUUUGGCUCAUUGUUCUGCAAUACACAGAUCUGGCCAGCACUCUAACUUUGGGUCACGUGAACACCGAGUUCCACGCGUUGCUGCGGUCCCGUGACUUCGAGCCGGCACUGAGAGGGAAGGUGCAGUCUGUGUGCCCGUUUAUCCAGCCCGGGGAGGACGGAAUUGAGCCGGGAACGUGGUACGAGUGCAGCGGCGUCGUACAGCGGAGGAUCGGGCUUAGUGAGCAGGAAUCAUCACGUGAUUCCUCUUCGUCCAACCACGGAUAUGUUCCUCUGGAGCAGUUCAUUUCCACUUUACACAAUCACAGUGACGACGAAGAGGAGGAGGAACACGUGAUUUGCCGUGACAUGACAUAUGAGUUGGAAGACUUUGAAGAUGCCUCCGAGGUUGAUUUUCUGUACGACUCCGAGUCUCGUCUGGCAGUGGAUGUUCCUCUUAAAAACAGUCAUGAGCAGAUCUUGAACAAGUCCGGGUUUCUGGGGAAAACGGACAUUUCCAUCUACAACAACUUUUCAGAGCUUGUCUACCAAUGGCAGGAUCACUUUUUCAUAGUCAAAUGGAACGAGCACAUGUCGUUGGAUCUGGACGAUUGCUAUGCCUUCAAUUUGGACAUGGAAGGAGGAAGUGAGAUAUGGUACACGGUGCUUCAGUUGUCUGGGAUGACUCUCAUCAUGAAAGCAUAUACCGAUUUCACCAGUCCGAUCGGAAUCGAACGAAAGCAUCAUUAUACGCUGUAUCGGGUGGAUUUCGAGAGGAGACGGCUUCAGGAGUUGUUUUCGUCGUUCCAGGUGUCAUCUGAUCUCAUUGGCAUUUUCAACAUAACCGAGUACAAUGGGUUUCUGUGGGUGGGACUGGGAACCAAGGUCACGUUUCCAUUGUUCCUCUAUUACGACGAAAAUGACAAAUGCCAUGUCUAUGUGUGCACGAGUCAGGUGAUCAGAGCUUCAGCCUAUCAGUACUCCGCUGUUGAAACGAGCACCAAGAACUCGUUGAGUCACAUUCCCGUGACUGUACCCCACCGAACCAGUCUGUCCAUGCGACCGAGGCACAGAAGGUACGUGUUAGUCUCUUUCAACCCAGAGUAUCGGUGCAAGUUGGUGGUUGACUUGGCUACGGGGGUCCGGAUUCAAUGCGAGGAGCUGGAGGAGGACUUUUCGUUUGGAAUUAGUCCGGCGUUGGUCGAGGGGCGGUUGGAGUUCAUUUCGUCCAUUUAG